AUGGUAUCUACCUUCCUGGCAUCCUGCUUCCAGGAGCGCUGCAGGGCCGUGCUCACACUCUCCUCCGAAUCAGACAAGGAGGAAUCGGCCUUGACUGUGACCAGCCUGUUAGAUGUUCUCUGUGAGAUGACCUCUCUUCACAAACAGUUCAUGUUCCUGCAGAACCACCCUGACCUCAAGUCUACAGUUGAUCUCCUGCAGCAGGUCCAUGCACUGGGGAAGACCAGUAAGAAUGUAUUCACUGCAGAUCAGCACUUCUCCUUGGAUAAGGGUGGAGACUGCUCCUCCUCUCCCUCUGUCAGCUUCAAGGCACAUCUCAUCCGUCUCAAAGGAAACCUCUGUCACAGAAACACUACCAACCAGAACAAGGAUACAUGGGCCAUCUUUGCUACCCGGAAUAUUCUAGACCACAACCUGGUGAAUCAGGAGCUGGUGGUAGCUCUAGAAUGUUGUGGGUUGGCCGAUGACUCCUCCCUGAGGGCCAUGGGCUUAAGAGUAAAGGAAAGAGAUGGUAUCAUGCUGCUCAAACCCUGUUCAAAAGACCCUUGA